UUCCGUUUGCGGGGUGCUUUACAUUUCACUUUCGCUUUGUAGAAUUGUAGAAUCGUGGAAUCGGGUGUGCAGUGCGUACUUCCGCUCUCCGAUCUCAAGUCCCUCGCCACCCCGGACGGCCUUUAUUGGCUCGACGACAAUUUGCAAUGACUACUGUAUUUUGUUGCUGUUUUCGUAGUUUACUUUAUUUCGAGGAGGAACAUUCGGGUAUGAUACGAGAAAGGUUUCUGGGGAAACUUUUCCUGCUCUUAGUAUUUGUUAUACCACUGGGUUCCGGACAAAACAGCAGCCUGAAAAUCAACACAAACCUGAAGGACAUCGAAGACGUGGUCGUGGCCCUGCCCUCCAUCCAGGGACCGGGUAAUAUCUGCAUCCGCGAGGAGCCCUACGUGGAGCAUGUCCAGGUGCCGGAGAUGCAGCCGGUGCGCGUGCGGACCUCCAGUUGGUGCAUGGAGAUCCCGCCGAGGUGCGCCACCUACAAGACGGAAAUGCGCGAGGUGAUGCGGGUGCAGAAAUUGAACAAGACGCGAACUGUUCGCUUUUGCUGCCAAGGCUACGAGGGAAAUCUCUCCGACAGCCAGGCCACAUGUAAACCCAUAUGUCGGGGCGGCUGUGGGCGUGGCAGUUGCGUAAUGCCCGACAUUUGCAGCUGCGAGGAGGGCUACGUUGGCAAACAUUGCACACAACGAUGUGAUCAUGAUCGCUGGGGCUUGGACUGCAAGAAUCCCUGCCAAUGCCAAAAUGGAGCAGCCUGCGACAACAAAUCAGGACUAUGUCACUGCCUAGCCGGUUGGACAGGACAAUUUUGCGAACAGCCCUGUCCCAAGGGAACCCAUGGCAUUAUGUGCCGCAAGGCCUGCGAUUGCGAUGAGAAGCCCUGCAAUCCACAAACUGGUGCCUGCAUCCUACAGGAUCAUCCGCUGGAGCUGAAUGUGAGCCAUGUCAUCGUGGAGACUGUGAACUCCACGCUGGAGAAGAUGGGUAUUAUUCCACGCGCCACCAUACCCCCCACCCAGCCUGAGGUCAUAGUAAUCAAGCAGCCGGUUAACCAAGAGAACGCCCAGCCCGCACCGAAGAUCAUUGUACACCAGUCGGGCACUGAGCUGCUCGAGAAUCUUCAUUCGGCCUCAGUCGCCGGGGCACCCACUCCGGAAAUUAUCCACGUCAUCACCAAUGGGAUCACCUCGCCGCAGGAACAUCUGGCCGGAUUCGUUGGAGGUAACUCCAAUGCAGGCCAGGCGGCAGCAGCGGAUCAUCAGUCCGGUUUGGUGACCACACUGGUUAGCGUUAUGCUACUCCUACUGAUAGCCAUUGCGGUGGGUUCGCUCUACAUUUAUCGGAGGUAUCACCACAAGAACUCAGCCGUCUACAAUGCCAACGGGACAGUGUCCACGUUGCCGGCGAAUCCGGAGGUGGUUCUCACCGAGGCCGCGGCCCUGGGCAAAAACUUCCACGAACCACUGCCCGAACCGCCCGUGGUCUUUGCGGUCACGCCCCACUCGAACGAGGCACAACCAGAAUUAUAUGACACGCCCAGCAACAACUCUUCGAUAAAAACACCGCCCUACGCAUAUGCUAGGAAGGAGUCCCUAUACUCGGUGGUCUCGCCAAAGUCUCGUAAGGGUAGCCUGGACUCGCAUCUGUACGAUGAGAUCCGGUACCAUCAGCAGCACCACCUCCAUCAUCAGCACCACUCUCGGAACCACCAACACGUCCAGCACUCCACAACUGCCUCUGCAUUUUUGCCAGCCAGGCCGCCGGUGAUGCCAGCAAGUGAACAGUUCUCCAACGGGGGUCAUCAUCCCCAUCAGCGAUCGCACCAUGUCACCCACUUGAUAAUCCCCCCACAGAACUCCAACUUCUUGCAGGUUCCUGCCCAGAUCACUGCCAAAAGAAUUGCCCACCUGUGAGGAGGACCAGAAAUAUUAAGUCAAGGGUCUUGAACCUUUUAAAUAUUUUGAUGUAGAUAUUACAAAUUUCCGACUUUUGGUAAUAAUACGUUAAUUGUACAAAUCCAUUUCUUAAUUGGAAUUCAGUAUACAUUUUCUUGACAUUCAUGAAAUUAUCUUUUCAAAUAUUUUCAAACAUUUGUCUUUUAAGUGCCAACUUUUUCAGAUAUACUCCAUUUGUUCUUACAACUUUUGACAGUAAAAAUAAAAUGUGUACAUAUAAGGAGAUGUUACGUAGCUUAUGAUAUAUUUUUACUAGAUAAGUUCUUAUUCUGGUAAUCUCUCUUAUAAUAAUAAUGAUUUAAAUUUAAAUUAACCUAAAAUAUUUCAAAUAUCCUUUUAAGACAUUAUAUUUGUAUUUGGAUUAUUAAGAGAAAAUGUCGCAAUUUCAGAGCUGAGUCCUGUCAGUCCAACUUUAUCCAUCUAUCAACGAUAAACCAAUGGGUAAACCGUUUGUUAUUUUAGACUCUGGGACUAUUUCGAUGCAGUCUCAAAUAUGAUCGCAAGUCAUAACAAUAAUUUUACCAAAUUCACUUCUCUAUGAAUCGAUUUUUGAUUUGUUGUUGACUCACUGUAUGAAGAAAGAAAACUGACCUGUGAGAAACGCAACUGAUUUGGGUUCGACACUACCACAAUUUUUAAAACUACACAUAGGGAAUCACUACCGAUAAGAACUGGAUACAAAAUAUUCAUCCAGUUAAGUAAAAUAAAUAAAUUUUAUUAAUAUUUAAGUAACUAUU